ACAUAACACUUUUCCCCAUUUUGUUUCUCAUUUUAAUCUACAAUUUUCUUUCGUUGAAAGAAAAGGUGCAGAAGAACAAUGAAAUUCCCGGCGGAGCAGCAGCAGCAGGCAUAUCAAUAUGAUUCUUCACAGUACGAUCAUCAAUCUGCCGCCUCAUACUACGCCUACGCCAAUCAACAGCACCAGCAACAAUACCAGUAUUACCCUCCUCAAGAUUAUUAUUCCCAACAUUACCCUCAGUUUUAUCAAGAACCCGCUCCGAUGCACCCUCCCGGUGUUCCCUUGGACCAAUCUGUCCACCACAAUCAGCCCGCCGUUUAUUAUCAACCGCAGCCUGCGGUGGAUAUUCAACAGCAUCCAGUAAUCCCGGUCCCAGGUUCGGAUUCCGCCGGUGCAAUGGCGAGUUUUGUGGGGAAUAACCCGCCUCCUCAGAUACAAACUACUUAUAGGGGUGGAAGAAGGGGUGGUAAGCCUUUUAGAGGAGGCGGCCGGGGUCAUGUUCGUAACCGUGGCAUCAGACCUGAUGGCUCUGCACCUUCUCGUAGGGGUCGACGUAGUGGCAGCCUGCACUUUGCUUCAACUGGUGUGACAUCAACAAUUCCAAAUACUGUAUCGGAGCCAAGUGCUGCUGCAAUGCCACCUUCAACAUUAGUUCCUGGUCAAGCUACAUUGCCGCCCCAAGUGCCUGCUGCUCCAGUCUGGCCGCCUCCACGUAUGGCUUGGUGUGAACUUUGCAGAGUUGAUUGCAACACACCAGAAAUCCUGGAGCAGCAUAAGAAUGGAAAGCGACAUAAGAAAAACAUGAAGUUACAGGAAGAGAUGCAGAGGGUGAACAAAGUCAUUACUCCACAUCUAAGUGUGCAAGUGCCCAAUACAGGAUCAGAAGUUGCUCAAUCCAAGAAAGUUGAGGGAUCUGACCAGGAAAAGCAACAUCAACUGGAAGCUUUGUCGUCCUUGCCAACUACUGACGACAAGGAGAAAGAAACUGAGCAGCAGAAAGACAUAACGAAUAAGUCUGAAGCAUCAAUUAUUGGUCCUGCAUCAACUAACAGGAAAUUAAACGGUCCAUCUGAAGCUCGGGGACGUGGUACCAAGCGCAAGAUGAGGGGGGGACGAGGGGGUAAACAUAAGAAAAGCAAUGAAGGACCUCGAAGACCAGUUGAGCCUCCCAAGCCAGUAGGAGGUAUUCCCUUUUUUUGUGAGUUGUGUAAUGUCAAGUGUGAAUCUCAGGUGGUUUUUGACAGCCAUUUGGCUGGGAAAAAGCACACUGCAAAUAUGAAGAAGUUUCAAGGGCACCAGGCUUUGUAUGGAGAAAAAGGGCUUCAGGCACUUUAUCCUCCUAAUUUGAAUGCUCCAUCAUCUUCCUUCAUCCCCCAAACCCAACAAGAUUUGACUGACCCACAAGUUGUUUUAGCUCAGCUGUUGACUUAUGUCCUUAGUCAAGCUCAGGUCCCUGGGUUAGCAGCAGCCCCGCAGGUACCUCUACCAUCAGCAACAUUGGUACCAUCACAAAUACCAUUAUCGAGUUCAGAAAUGCAACAUCUGCAUCAAUUCAUUCAAGGUUCAUUGGUCACAUCAGAAACGAGCAGGGAAGUGUCCCUGAAGGCAGAAACUGAAGCACCACCAUUUGCAGGAAAUAACAAAGCUGUGUGUCAAACUUCAGAAUCUGAAAAGAAUGAUAUGAGUCAGCAACAAACUAUCGUUGCAUCUACAGGAACUGAUGUUAAGAUGGGGGAUGGAGCUUUAGUCUUGGAGAAUAAGCCCGACAUUUCUGGCAUCGAUAACCCUAUUUGUGCAACAUCGUCAACAUCAGAAAAAGAUGCGAAAACAGAGCCAGUAUCUAACAACAAUUUGGGGGAACUAGGGGAAGGGUCAAAAGAGGCUGAUCUGGAGGAGCAAAAGGAAUAACCUGCUGGGUUGAGCAAAAUUCUGUUUCACUUCACAUUUCUGUCUUAAUUUGGCAAUGUAGAAGUGACGUGAAGGGAACAGUAUAUCUUUUUAUUGUUCGAAGCUAGUAGAGCAAAUACUGAGCAUAAUAAAUUAGUUAACUCGUACUUUUUACAA